GUAGUAACGUUGAUGUGUCGAGUUUGGAAACGCCAAAUACGACCUUCUAAGACAAUAAAGUUCAGCCUGCCCGACCUUGUUUUCACUCCCCCUUGUCUGCUGUCUGCUUCCCUUGUGUGGUGUUGUGAUAUAUACAAGCGGGUGUGGCUCUUCCUGUGUCCCCUUCGCCUUCGCUCUUGUUCCCGCCAUACCUCUCUGAUCGAUCUUCAGUGCUCCGCCUCUGACUCAAUUCCCAUCUUUUUUUUGCUCCCUUCCGGCUUCUGGAGCAAAGAAAAGAAACGAAAAGAUGGCCGCUGGCGAUGCGACCGCGACUACUUCUCCCGUGGGCCCGCUCAUGACCGACGAGAAAUACAUCCAGGGCAUCAACGACAAAAGCUCAGGCGAUGUUCCGGGCACCGACCUCGCGACGGGCCAGUCCGAUGAGGGCCUGAAGCGUGAGCUGCACUCUCGCCACCUGCAGUUCAUCGCUAUUGGUGCUGCUCUUGGAACUGGUCUGUUCCUGGGUAUUGGCGGUGCCCUGUCCAAGGCUGGACCUGGUUCUCUCUUCAUCUCCUUCUUGUUCCUCGGAUCAGUCGUGUACUCCAUCAUGGUCGCGCUGGGAGAGAUGGCGUCAUACAUCCCCGUCACGGGUGCCUUUACCGUGUAUGCUUCGCGCUUCAUGGAUCCUACUCUUGGUUUUGCCAUGGGUUGGAUCUAUUGGUUCAGUUGGGUCAUCACCAUCGGCCUCGAACUGACUGCCAGUGGUCUCAUCAUCCAGUACUGGACCGAGUCCGUCAGCAUUGGUGUCUGGAUCGCCAUUUUCUGGGUUGUCUUUACCGCCGCCCAGUUCCUGCCAACGUUUGUCUUUGGAGAGAUGGAGGCAUACCUGUCUAGCAUCAAGGUCAUUACCAUUAUCGGCUUCGUCAUCUUUGGCAUCUGCGUCAACGCCGGUGUUGGUGACCAGGGCUACAUUGGCUUCAAGUACUGGAGAGAGCCCGGUGCGUUUGCUCCGUACUUGGUCGAUGGCAAGAUUGGCCAGUUUGUCGGAUUCUGGACGGUGCUCGUCACGGCCGGCUUCAGUUUCCAGGGCACGGAGCUGGUCGUCAUUGGAGCCGGUGAGACGGCUGACCCGCGCAAGGCCAUCCCCACGGCCAUCCGCUGGACCUUUUGGGCCGUCUUCCUGCUCUUCAACUGCACCGUCUUCUUCGUCGGCAUCAACGUGCCCUAUGACAACCCCGACCUCCAAAACGGAUCGACCAACGCCUCUGCCUCGCCUCUCGUCAUUGUUGCCAAACUCGCCGGCAUCCAGGCGCUCCCUUCCAUCAUCAACGCCGUUCUGCUGACUGCCGUCUUGUCUGCUGCCAACUCUGACAUCUACUCCAGCAGCCGUAUCUUGGUCGCCAUGGCUGGAGAGGGCCACGCGCCCGCCUUCUUCAAGCGCGUCAACAAGUAUGGAACCCCUUACUACGCUGUUGCGGCCUGCUCUGCUUUUGGUCUGCUGGCCUUCCUCAACCUGUCCAACAACGGAACGACCGUGUUCAACUGGCUGCUGAACAUCACGGCCGUUGCCGGCUUCAUCAGCUGGGCGCUCAUCAACCUGUGCCACAUCCGCUUCAUGAAUGUGCUCAAGUACCAAAACAUCCCCCGUGACGAGCUCCCGUACAAGGCUCCUUUCCAGCCUUACCUUUCAUGGUUUGGCUUCUUCUUCAACGUCCUGAUCCUGUUCACCAACGGCUUCACCGUCUUCAUCGACUGGGACACUAGCUCCUUCUUUGCGGCCUACGUCAGUCUCAUCCUCUUCAUUGUUCUCUAUGUCGGACACAAGAUUGUCUACAGGACCAAGUGGAUACCAGUGUCCGAGGUGGACAUUUCCAAGGGCCGAUCUGAUGCGUAAGCUGAUGAUGAUGAUGGAAGAGGAGUUGGUUGGGUCGUUCGGAGUAAACUAUGCGUGUGUGAAAAUAAGCGGUUAAUUGUUGUAUUUUUAUUUAUUUUGUCUUGUACGAGUGUCAUGAUCUAGUCUAGGUAGUAAUUGAUACCCCAUUUUCUGCAAC